AUGGCAUCCACCACGACCACGGCUGCUGCCGCUGCUACGACUACUAGUAAUAGUGGCAAUAACGGGGGCAGCACAACCAGCUCACCUCUACUUUUCUUCGUCGCUCUCGGCUUUGGCGUGGUAUUCACCAAUUUAUGGAUUAUCGUGGGAGUAAAAUACUGUUUUCGCUACAACCAGCGGAACCGUCAACUUCGAGGAGAAGACACUGGAGAGCCCAUUGACUUGGUAGCCAUGCCUCGAACCCAUCGACGACGGAGGGAAAAGAAGCUGAUGACGAUGGACGAAGUCAACGAGCGCUUCCCGCUUGUCAAAUACAAAGUAUGGAGGUCUUCUCGCGCAAACCAAGGCCUACCAACAGAAGGAGGGAUAACGGCCCCGAAUAGCAGGCCCAAUAGCCUGAAAGAUGAAUCGGGUGUAGUCUCUGGGGUCGUGACAGCCGCACUAUCGCCAUCCGAGAGCGCAAAUGGCCGAACGGAAUCGAACGCCUCGCAAGCCUCGCAAGACCAACAUGCCGGAAAUUCGGUGCAGCCGACAGACGAGAAAGCGGCCCCUGUGACUGGUCUCUCUUCCGAGCCACAUAGCAUAGGUGCAAGCAAUUCUCCGCAAGAAUUUAAAUGGCAGCACAAUCUGAACUCGGAGACCGUUGAGCCAGAUGAAGAUGAAGAUGAUGGCGAUCAGAUCCGCAACGCACUUCCUGCUGAACUCUUGCCAAACCCAGGGGACUCUUGUGCCAUCUGUCUGGACCUGAUUGAGGAUGACGACGAUAUAAGAGGUCUGACCUGUGGGCAUGCUUUCCAUGCCUCCUGUGUCGAUCCCUGGCUGACGAGCCGGAGAGCGUGUUGUCCUCUGUGUAAGGCGGAUUACUACAUACCGAAACCCCGUGCGCCAGGCACGGAAAAUCAACCAACAGGGGACCGGCAAGGUCGUCGUCUUGUUAUGGCUAAUCUGGAUACGAUUACGAGGCCAUCUCCAACUGCUCGGACCGGUCAUCGAGCGAAUCCGUUCCGAACGCAAUUAUCAUUACCGGGGCGAUUAUUCUCACCAUCCAAUCGAAGGGGGGACCGAUCUGCUCCGCCGGAUGGGCGUUCGCAACAAACGCCCCACGAACCUCGCAGGGUGGAUGAGCCGGUGAGCGCGGAACAGCAUACCUGGCCACGCCUAGUCCCAAGUCGCCUUCGGGGCCUUUUCAACCGCACCAGUCGAGGGCAGCCUCCGUCGACUGAUACGGGGUUGGCGCCAGCUGACCUUUCACGAUCCGAGCGCCGGACGCCUCGCGAACUGGAAGCUGGUCCGAACUAA